GAACGCCCGCCCCUUUUGAAGCCCACACACUUCCUCCAUCAUCACACACCGUCACACGGCUGCUGGCUCAGCCAAACAGACGGGCUGCCACCUUCCAGGAAUCCCCUCAACCUUAAAUCCUCGUCUUAAACUCAGGGAAGCCGCGAUAUAUCCGCAGCUAGCAGCGAGCGUUGCUGUUCCGGGUGUCCGCAGCAGCAGUCACCCCGGCAUGCGGUCCCUUUUCCUGCCCAACAAGUUUGGCUCUUUGACGUAUUCUGUUUCCAGACGAGUUGUUUUCUCUCUUCUGUUUUUUAACCCCCUCCCAGCUCAACUUUUUGAGGUGUGGACAGGCUUAAAACGGGUUAAAUCCAGCUGACCCGGGUCCCACAGGCAGAACCGGAACCAGCAUGUCCGGGAUAACAGGAAGCACGACAAACUACCUGUGGUCUGUGCACGAUGUCCUCGGUCAGGGCGCCACUGCCAGCGUCUACAAGGCACGCAACAAGAGAUCCGGCGAGCUGGUGGCCGUCAAAGUGUUCAACGUGCUGAGCUACAGCCGCCCCCAUGACGUCCAGAUGAGAGAGUUCGAGAUGCUCAGGAAGCUUAACCACAGCAAUAUUGUGAGGCUGUUUGCUGUCGAGGAGCUGCCAACAAAGCAGAAGGUCCUGGUGAUGGAGUACUGCUCCGGCGGGAGUCUGCUCAACCUGCUGGAGGACCCGGAGAACGCCUUCGGCUUGCCCGAGGCGGAGUUCCUCACUGUGCUGCAGUGCGUUGUGCAGGGUAUGAACCACCUGCGGGAAUUCGGGGUGGUGCAUCGGGACAUCAAGCCGGGGAACAUAAUGAGGCAAGUCGGAGAGGACGGCAAGUCCAUCUACAAGCUGACGGACUUCGGAGCAGCACGGGAGCUGGAAGACGACGAGAAGUUUGUGUCCAUUUAUGGAACCGAGGAGUACCUGCACCCAGACAUGUACGAACGCGCCGUGCUGCGUAAGCCUCACCAGAAGUCUUACGGCGUGAGCGUGGACCUGUGGAGCAUCGGCGUGACCUUAUACCACUCUGCCACGGGGAGUCUGCCUUUCACGCCCUACGAAGGACCCCGUAAAAACAAGCUCAUCAUGCACAAGAUCACCACAGAGAAACCCAUGGGAGCCAUAGCCGGCACGCAGCAGGUGGAAGGUGGUCCCAUACAGUGGAGCUACCACCUGCCUUACAGCUGCCAGCUUUCACAGGGUCUGAAAGUCCUUCUAGUUCCGGUCCUUGCAGGCAUAAUGGAGGCCGACCAGGGCAGGUGUUGGGCCUUCGACCAGUUCUUCUCAGCCACCACGGAUAUAUUGCAGCGGCAGCCGGUCCACCUGUUCUCCCUGCAGCAGGCCAUGGCUCACAGUAUUUACAUGCAUCACUACAACACCGUGUCGGCGUUCUUUGAAGAGGUGGCAGCCCAGACGGGUAUUGGCGUCCAGCAGCAGCAGCUCAUGUACCUGGGUCACGACCUGGUCCUGGAGGGCAGCAUGAAGGUGGUCAACCUUCCCUGCGCCUCGGCUUCCCAGCCUCUCGUUCUGCUCAGCAGCAUGCCUGAGGCCAACAACAGCCUGCCCUUCAGAGAGCCGGAGAUGCCCCUUAUUCCAUCCAGGUUUGACGUGGUGGCAGAUUAUAAUUUCUCCAAGGUAACGGUGGGAAUAGUCCACCAGUACAGGAGGAUCGUACAGUUGCUGCACACGCACAGAGAGUUGCUGCUGCAGGGCUACUACGGCUACAUGAUGAAGCUGCGGCACGAGUGCGCAGAGGCCAUGCACAGCAUCGCGAUAAUCACCAUUAGACUGCAGUCCGGCCUCAGCGCUCAGCACAGGAUUCACAAACUGUCUUACUCUUCGGAAAAACAAGGCAAUGUUGAUAACUCGGGUCAAAAGCUGCAGAUGGUUUAUCAGCACCUGCCCAUCUAUUCUGCCGGCAUCCGGGAGUUUCAGACCCAACUGGAGCACCUGCAGAUACAGCAGGCCAAGCUGGCAGAGAACCUCACUCACGACAAGAGCUGUCAGAAGAUGCACAUGCUGCUGGAGAAGAUCACGGCAAUUCAUCAGCAGUAUCGUAAAGACAGACUUACAGGAAAACUUGCAUAUAAUGACGAGCAAAUACACAAGUUUGAGAAAAUCCACCUGUCCUCCCACAUCAAGCGGAUGAAAUCUUUAUUCAGAGAAGAAUGUGUGCCGAGAUAUAAAGAGCUGCUGGCCUCGACAAGGACGUGGAGCAGCGUUUUAAUGGAGAUGCAGAACCGAUUGCAGGACUUCAAUUCCUUCUCUGCCGGCUUACUGGUAGACUUGGAAAUAAUCGAGCAGCAGCAGAAUAAGGCUGUGGACAGAAUCCUUGACUCGCCGCAGUUUGGCGGAGCAGCACCGCAGCCUGAAAUCGCGCCCAGGGACAAGGACCAGAUGGUCUCCAGGAUGCACCAUUUGAGGGACGAAAUGGAGCUUUUGGUUAGAGAACUACAGUGUAACAACAGCAUCAUAGAGAGCCUGGGAGCGGUGAGCCCUUCAGCAGCUCUGGAAGUCAGCCCGACCAGACCCUCCACACUGUGACAAUGGUCAACCCUCACAAAUCCACGUACGGCGUCUCAUACCAGCACCACUUUUUUACACAUUCCUGCUGAUUGACAGCACGGCUGAUUUCCUCUCUGUUUGCUAUCAGACAAAAAGGAAGCAAUCAGAGACACUCAAUGAAAUGUGAAUCUCAAAGAGAGAUGCCAGGAUAGGGCUCAGAUGGAUUUUUUUUUAUUCAGUGUGUGUGAGUGUGUUUGCUGAGUGAGUAAAGCAGUUCAAUACAAACCUCAUUAAUGCCUUUUUGUGUUAUUGUAUUUUUAAUAGGCUGCCAUAGUGAUAGACAGUGGGGAUGAAACGAAACAAAUGCUCUGUCAGCAGCUGGAGGGUUUUAUUAGUUGCAUUUCCUGUUUUCCUCUGCUCUGGAGAAGCCGACGAGAAUCCAACCAUUCUGCCUCUGAGUGUAUUUAUAUGAACACUGAUGUUCCAGAUUUUAGGAUAAAAGAACUGAUAUGUACAUAUAAUUUUUUUUUUUUUAUGUCUUGGAGAUUUUAUUCAUUAAAAUCCUGAUUUGUAA